AUGUCGUUGGAUAUUAAAAGUUCCUCAAUAAAUACAGGCAAAUCUCUAAAUGAGCUUGAAUUACUUGAAUUUCUUCAAUUGGAUAAAAAAGAAAAUUAAAUGAGUUUAAAUCAAGUUUUUUCAGGUAAUUAAGAUGAAAAUAUUAUUAUUCGUAUUGGAAUUUGUGCAAUGAACAAAAAAGUUACUUCCAAACCAAUGUAGAAGAUUUUAGAAUUAUUAAAAACAAAUGACUUUGAAAUGGUUAUUUUCGAUGAAGAAACCAUUUAAAAAAAACCAAUUUAAGACUGGCCUAUAGUCGAUUGUUUAAUAAGUUGGUUUUCUGAAGGAUUCCCUUUAUAGAAAGCACAAUCUUAUGCUAAACUUAGAAAUCCAUUCUUGAUAAAUGAUUUAGAAAAAUAAAAUCUGUUAUUUGAUAGAACUGUAAUUUAUAAACUACUAAAAAAGAAUAAUAUUCGCAUUUCUAAAAGCUAUUUUGUUUACAGAAAAUAAGAGCAAUGGAUACCUGAAUAAUCUGAGGAUAUAAGAAAGGUUUUGAAUUCAAUUAGAUUUUCAGACGAUGAUUUACUAAACGAAGAAAAAAAAAGUUCUUAUACUGAAGAGUCAUAAUAAAACUAAUUUAACAUUGAUUCAUCUAGCCAGAAGCUCAUAUAGCCUUAUACUAAAUCUAUCCAAAACAAUUUAAAAGAUUGCUUACAAAUUAAUAAUGACACGUAGAACCAAAAAAAAGACAGAAAAUUUAAGAGGUCAAAAAGCACAUAUAGCUAAGAAGACGAUGACAUCUAAAAGCCUUUAAUUAAUGAUUAAUAAAAGGAGUUUAAACCAACAAAGGUAGAGGAAUUUGAAGACUAUAUAUUAAUUGAUGGUCAGAAAUUACAUAAACCUUUUGUUGAAAAGCCUUUCGAUGCAGAAAAUCACAAUAUCUAUAUUUAUUACUCACAAGCUGAUGGUGGAGGAUGCAAAAAACUUUUUAGAAAAGUUGAAAAUAAAUCUUCUGACUAUGAAAAAGAAUUAAAUACUAUUCGAUAAGAUUAAAAUAUGAUUUAUGAAGUUUUUUUACCAACGAACGGGUUUGAUAUUAAAGUAUAUACUGUAGGUCCAGAUUAUACACAUGCUGAAGCACGCAAAGCACCUGUUUUAGAUGGGGUUGUUUAGAGAACAGAUGAGGGUAAAGAAGUUAGAUUUCCAGUUAUUUUAACCCCUGAAGAAAAGUUUAUAUCACAAAAAAUUGUAAAGAUUUUUGGCUAAAAUAUAUGUGGAUUUGAUCUAUUAAGAUCAAAUGGUAAAUCUUACGUUUGUGACGUAAAUGGAUGGAGCUUUGUCAAGGGAAAUGCAAAAUAUUACAAAGACUGUGCUAUCAUUUUAAAACAAAUGAUAUAUAAAAGAUUUGCUCCUAAAAAAUUAUCUGAAUUUAAUGAAAAACUAUCAUAAAAUAUUUUAAUGGACCUUAAAAAGAAUUCAUAUAGACCUAAAAAUGUAGAAGAGAUAUGUGGAAAUUAAUAAGAAGAACUCAGAUCAGUAGUGGCUAUUUUUAGGCACGCUGACAGAACUCCAAAAUAAAAGAUGAAAAUGAAAGUUAAUUACAAAUAAAUGAUUAAAUUUUACUUGUAAAAUACCAAAGAUACUCCUAAUAAGGAACUAAAAGUUAAAAAUGCUAAACUUUUAUAAGCUAUUUUAAAUAUCAGCAGAGAAAUUUUCGAAGAGUUUUAAAGUCAAGGCUAAAAACUCAACUUAGAGGAAGAGUGCUGUCUCAGUAAAAUAAUAUAAAUGAUUAGCGUGCUAGAAUAAGGUGGAUAGUUUGAAGGAAUAAAUCGUAAAAUACAAAUCAAACCUAUAGAGUUCUAAAAUAUUGAAGAAGAUGCUUAUAAAGAUAUAAAUAAAAAAGAAAAUCAGUUGAUUCCUUCAUAGGUUUUAAUAGUAUUAAAGUGGGGAGGAGAGCUUACUCAUUCAGGCGAAUAAUAAUCAGAAGAGCUGGGGAAAUUCUUUAGAGAUUAUUUGUAUCCAGCCGAAAAAGACGGAAUACUGAGGCUUCAUAGUACAUAUCGACAUGAUCUCAAAACUUAUACUUCUGAUGAAGGAAGGUGCUAAAAAACUGCUGGUGCUUUUUUGAAAGGAUUUCUUUAAUUAGAGGGAGAGAUUGCACCAAUAAUGGCAUCAAUGCUGACUAAAAAUGAAAUAGCCUAUAGUUUGCUUGAUUAAUGUAACUCUGUACUUUCUAGUGAUCCUCUAGAACUAUAAAUCAAGUAAGACAUAUCUAACUUUUGUAAUUCAGAAGAAGACCUUUAUGAAGCAUUUAAAAAAAAGUUUGGAAGGUUUGGUAUUAAUGAGAAUAUGAAAAACUUAAUGAAAAAAAUAGGGAAUCCUAGAAAAAGACUUGAAUCAAUUCAUGAAAAAAUAAGAAAAUUAACAAAAGGAAUCUUUUAAAUGCUUAAUUUAUCUUCAAAAACGUAUUAUGUUCAACCUAAAGAUUGGAACAAAGAGUAAAAUAUACCAGAGCCACUUGAAACCUGUGGAAAUGAAUCCCUUAUUUUGAUGUAUAAGAGAUGGAGAAAAUUAACUGUGGACUUAUUACAAAAUAGCACUUACAACAUUUCUAAAAUUCCUGAUGUGUAUGAUAAUAUUAAAUAUGACUAUUUACACAACAGGAAUAUAUUACUUAAGAUUGAUCCUGAUAUUUCUUCUUUGUAUGAAGAAGCUGAAAUGAUGUCUAAUUUCGUUGUUCCAAACGAGUUUGGUAUGGAUGAAGAAGAAAGAGUCGACAUAGCUAUGAAAACAGUGAAGUCUCUUUGUAAUAAAAUUAAAAAGGAUUUAGUUUGGUGGUAUGAGAAAAAUUUUGAUGAAGAAGAUUUUUGGAAAUACUAAAAUGUUUAUGGUGAAAAUGAUAUUAGAAGUCCUUGGCGUCACAUAAGAACUAGAUUAUAUUUUGCUAGUGCAACCUAACUAUAUUCGUUGUUCAAUAUAAUUCACCUAGGAUUAGAGAGCAGAUUGAUUGAGAGUUAACAAUAAUAAAAUGAGUUAGAUGGUAUAACAUCUUUGUAAUACUUGUCUCAUAUUUUAUUUAGAUUAUAUGAGAAUCUUCAUGCAGACACUAAUGACCCAGAAAGAUUUAGAUUGGAACUUUCAGUUAGUCCUGGAUGCUAACAUAAUCCAGACAUUAAUGAUGAUACCCACAUUACACCUGUUAAACCACUCAUUUCUAUAAAUAAAAGACUAAAUAUUUUCCAAAUAAAAGAAUUCUUUACACUUUUGGUCAGCGAAUAAUCUCCAUUAAUAGUUAAGAAUAAUUAAAAAAAUAUUUCAUUUAAUAUUAUAGAGAAUACCAAAUCAGCUAAUAUUUCUUGA